AAAUACCAAACAAGAUAAAACAAUAAGAAUGAUGUUUGAUACUGAGAUAUAUUCUCCACCACUAUCUCCAUCUUCUUGUGACAUAAAUUGGGUUGACAUAUAUGCCAAGCUAGCCAUGAAAAACUAAGAGAAAGGAUGGCGAGUAAGAGAGUGUGUUGCAGGUGGUGCAGGAUGGUGUCUGUGGUGCCACUCGAGGCGCAGGGCCUGUACUGCCCUAGCUGCCGCGGCUUCACCAUGGUAGCAAGAAACUACAAUACCAGCAACCAAGGCCAAGGCUAUGCUUAUGCAGAAAAUGGUAGGGUUUAUCAACGCAUGCCGCCGCCACCAUCUCAUGGCUACGGGCGCAAGCGAGCCGUUCUAUGUGGCAUCACCUACAAGGGCCACAGACAGAGCCUCCGAGGCAGUGUCAACGACGUCUUGUCCAUGAAGAACCUUCUCAUUCGGAGCUUCCAAUUUCCUCUCUCCUGCAUUCUUGUCUUGACAGAGGAAGAAGAGGACUACAGGCGUGCCCCAACUAAAAGAAACAUCCGUAAUGCCCUGCGCUGGCUUGUUGAAGGCAGCCAGGCCGGGGACUCGUUGGUGUUUCACUACUCGGGGCACGGCUCACAGGUGAGGGACCGUGAUGGAGACGAGGUUGAUGGAUACGAUGAGGCCUUGUUGCCCGUGGACUAUGAGACCGAGGGAAGGAUACUGGACGAUGAGCUCAAUGCUACAAUCGUUAGGCCCUUGCCUGCGGGGGCAACGCUUCAUGCCAUCAUAGACACUUGCUUUAGUGGCACCUUUUUAGAUCUUCCAAAUGUUUGCAGAAUAGAUAGGCAAGCGUACUACAAUUGGGAGGAUCAGCGGAUUCAAAAUGGUGGUGCAUACAGAGGCACUAGUGGGGGUUUCGCCGUCUCUAUCAGCGCUUGUGAUGAUCAUCAGAGCUCCGGAGAUACCACGGCUUUCACUGGCACUGCAACGGGCGCGCUUACUUACAGCUUUGUUCAAACUUUGGAACAAGAGAAAAGAUUAAGUUAUGGACAUCUACUGAUUGCCCUGCACAAGAGAAUAGCGGCAGCACAAGAUGCAGUUGGUCUCAACAGAAAUGACUCCCACUCAUCUCAGGCUAUCAAACAUUGGAGACAUUACCUCUUUCAUCAUGAGUAUAUUUUAUUUACAGAUGACGACACUCUAAGACAUUUAAGCAGCCAAGAUAAGAUCUUUCGCGCAAUGCUGCUUGGCAUUCUUUCUUGCAGCAGUUCGCGUUUGUGGUCAAACACAAAUCAAGUGUCUCAAAUCGUGUGGUAGACACCUUGAGCCAUCGUCAUUCCAUGUUAGCAGAGAUGCGAGUUUAAGUUUAUGGAUUCGAUUUCCUUCCUAACUCUGCAUCCCCACAGGUUGUCUUCGCCAAAGGAUUCUUGAGGAGCUUCAUAACAUGAGUCACAUGGGACAUGACCAUACUUUUAGUUUGAUUACUCAGUCAUACUUUUGCUCGUUGCUACAACGGAAUGUGAAUCGAUUGGUUUCCUACUGUCGCAUGGUCAAGCCACCAAUGAUGGUCUUUAUUUGCCCCUUCCAAUUCCAACUCAGCAUUGGACCACAACCUCUAUGGACUUUGUACUUGGACUUCCACGUACUCAGGGCGACUUGGAUUCCAUCAUUGCUGUGGUGGAUCGCUUUUCAAAUAUGGUAUGCGUUGUAGCUAUUGAUGUUGUUGUUGUGGCACAAUUAUAUUUUCGUGAUGUCUAUCGCCAACACGGUUUGCCAACUAGUAUUGUCUCAGAUAGUGACUCCAGGUUUGUUAGUCAUUUUUGGCGUAGUUUGUGGGGCAUGGUUAAUACUUCUCUCAUUUUUAGCUCGGCGUAUCAUCCUCAAACGGAUGGUCAGACUGAGGUUGUGAACCAUUCAUUGGGAACUCUUCAUCGUGCAUUGGUUGGAGAAAAUAUAAAGUCAUAGGAUUCAAAGUUGCCUCAAGCGGAAUUUGCACAAAACAUGGCUGUCAACCGUUCUACUGGCUCUUUUCACAUUGUGUGUGGCUUCAUUCCUCGUGGACCAUUGCCGUUAACUCAUCUUCCUGAUGGUGUGCAUUCCCAUGGAGUUGCUGCUGAUUUUGUAUCAAAUACGCAGCGGAUUCAUCAAUUGGUCCAUGCCAAUCUUGUCGCUGCGAGCGCCACCUAUAAGGCUGUAGCGAAUCGGGGGGCCGUCGUGAGGUGUUGUUUGAUGUGGGCGACUUGGUUUGGGCUAUAUUAAUGAAUGAUCGUUUUUCCCUCAUGAGUAAAACAAGUUGGCUACCAGAAAAA